AUGGUCGUCGCGGGUAAGCGACGACGAAGCGGUGAGGACGCCGGCGACGCCGGCGAUGUCGAACGCGCCGACGCGCCGUCGACGCGCGACGGCGGUGCGGCGGACGAGGACACCGGCGCGGUGGCGUCGUCGACCGCGACGAAGGACGACGCCGCGCGAUUGGUGGCGCAGCAUUACAGCGGACGCGCGAAUCAAACGCACCAAGAGCGUAAGCAAUCACCGAUUUAUCGCUUGCGUUGCUUGAACAACUGGGUCAAGUCCAACUUGUUGCAGUCGAAGAUUCGCGAAAACGACCGCGUGAUGGAUUUGGCGUGCGGGAAGGGUGGCGAUUUGAAAAAGUACGCCAGGGCGAAGAUAGCCUCGUAUUUGGGGGUGGAUAUAGCGUUAGAAAGCGUGCGACGGGACGCCGUGAAGCGGUACAACGCCGAGCACGCGCGAGAGUUCCCGGCAAAAUUCGUCGCCGGCGACGCCUUUGUCGUCGAUUUGGCGUCUGUGUUGCCGGAGUACGUGCGGACGCUGGAUGUGAUUUCGUGCCAGUUUGCCAUACACUACUCGUUGUCGACCGAAGAGCGCGCGCGUCGCGCGCUGAGAAACGUGUGCACGAUGUUACGGCCGGGAGGAUAUUUCAUAGGCACCACGGUGGACUCCAACGUCCUGGUGAGAAAACUUCGAGAAGCGGAUGGUUUGGCUUUUUGGAAUCCCGUGUACGAAGUUGAGUUCGACGACGCGUUCAAGAGCAAAGUGUUUCCUACGAACCAGACCGAUGGAUUCGGCAUCGAGUACACGUUUACACUCGCCGACGCCGUCACGAAGUGUCGCGAGUGCAUGGUGCCGAAAGACGUGUGGGUUUCGUUGGCGGCUGAAUACGGCCUCGAGCUAGUGGAGUGGCGAAAUUUUCACGAUUACGUUCAUUCGCAAUUGAGCGGGGUGGAGACUCGCGAGCGAGCGUCGGCACUUUGGUCACAAAUCAUGGGUGAUGAUUCGAUGAGCAUGACGGAUGAAGAGUGGGAGGCGGCGUACUUGUACACAACUUUCGUCUUCAGAAAGAGCGGAAGCGCCGAAGCCGCGGCGUCGGCGGUGUUUAAUCGAAAACCACCAGCGGCUCCGGCGCGGAUCGAACAAGACGACGUUCUCGUCCUCGAGGGCGCUGCGUGA